AUGCCAUUUGCGAAGAGUGUUAGCGGUGGUGGCCUAAUAGCUUGGGCUUUCACCCAACUUUUGUUCCUUACUUUCUUUGUCUUAUUAACGAUGCUUACUUUUGGUGUGAGCGAAGUAAACGAUAGAAAUGGUAACAAUUCGCCUGAUACCGUUAUACCGCUACGAACUCAUUCUAUAUAUAUGCCUUAUAUUGAUCAAGAUUUACAGAAUCGAUGGUUUGAUUUUGGAGCUGAUACUGUGAUCAACACGAAUAAAUAUAUUCGAUUGACUCAUGAUAGGUCAUCACAGACUGGUUGGCUGUGGAGUCGAUUGCCACUAACAGCAGCAAACUGGCAAGUAGAAGUCGAGUUCAAAAUUGAAGGAUCAAAUCCAAAUUUAUACGGGGACGGAUUCGCCAUCUGGUUCACAAAACAACGUGCUAGUCCCGGGCCGGUGUUUGGAUUUGUGGAUAAAUUUGAAGGACUUGGAAUCUUUUUUGAUACUUAUGCAAAUUCGAAACAGCCUCAUUCGUUUCCCUACGUAAUGGCAAUGAUUGGAGAUGGUAACACUACCUAUGAUCAGGAUAAUGAUGGUAAAGCGAAUGAAGUUGCUGGUUGUGAGGCUGAUAUUCGAGGAAAAGCCAUUCCUACUAAAGCACGAAUUACAUACUACAAAGAGAAUUACCUCGAGCUUAAACUACAGUACAAAACAUGGGAUCAGUGGGAACCCUGUUUCACAAUCCCGAAUGUCACUCUGCCAACGGUAUUUUAUCUUGGAUUUACUGCACUUACUGGUGAUGUCAGCGAUAACCACGACAUUAUUAGCAUCACAACAAACAACUUAAUCUCGUUACCAGCAGGAAAACAUACAUUAAAGAAUCCAAUACGAAACCCUGAAGGCAGUUCCGGAUGGUCGGGCCUCAUUUUCUUUUUCAAAUUGUUGGUGAUUGGCGGCCUUUUGUUUGGUGGCGUGACGAUGUAUCGUACGUAUCAGGCUCAAGCUAAUAAAAGAUUUUAG